AUGGCACCUUUCUUCUCCAAACUGGCUGCGAAUCCCCGAGCUCCAAUGACUGAUCCGAUCACGAUCCGAUCGGUGGUGCAGCCCAGCAUAGCAAAAUGCCUGGAAGAACUUCCCGAAUUUCCUGAGAUCGAUCAUGAAGUUCAUCACAUUACCUCCUAUGAUGGAAAGACUAUUGCCAUCCACCGGUUUUGGAAGAAGGGUCUGAAUACAACGACACCCGGACCCGCCCUGGUGCAUACCCACGGCGGGGGCACCAUCCUGGGCAAUGUGGGCAUGUUCCACGGGUACCUCAAACAGCAGAUUCAGCAGCACGGGAUCCAGAUUUUCUCGGUUGGCUACCGCUCGGCGCCCGAGAACCCCUUCCCCACACCCGUCGAGGACUGCUACGCCGGUCUGCUCUGGGUCAACCAGCACGCGGCCCGAUUUUCGAUCAACCCAAAUCGACUUGGCGUGAUGGGCGCGAGUGCUGGGGGCAACCUGGCGGCUGGCAUCACGUUGAUGGCCCGCGACCGCGGGUUCGCACCCCCGGUGGCGAAGCAGAUUCUUAUCUACCCCAUGCUAGACGAUCGCAACACGGCCCCGUACCCGGCCCUCCAGGACCUGGUCAUGUGGCCGACAGAGUCCAGCAUCGUGGCCUGGUCAGCCUACCUGGGGGCGGAGUUUGGCACCGAUAGCGUCUCGCCCUAUGCAGCCCCGGCGAGGGCGGCCAGUGUGGAGGGGUUGCCCCCAACAUAUCUGGAAAUUGGGAAUCUGGAUAUCUUCCGCGAUGAGGUGCUGGAGUUCGCCUCGAGGAUUGCUGCGGCCAACAUCGAGCUGGAAAUCCACAUGUAUCCGGGUCUGCCGCAUGGGUACGAUAUGUUUGCGCCUGUAUCCACGGCUGCGCAGAGGGCGAUCACUGACCGGGUGCGCGCGGCCGUGGCUCUGUAG